AUGUGCAACAACCUUCCUAAACUUGGAGGACUUCAUCUUUCUUCGAAUCAGCUUAAUGGGCAAAUUCCAUCCAAUUUAUGCAAAUGCAGGGAGCUCCAAAUUUUAUCAUUGUCAUUGAAUGGCUUUAAUGGCAGCAUACCUAGAGAAAUUGGCAACCUAACUAUGCUCAAGGAGUUAUAUCUUGGUAGAAACAACUUGAAAGGUGUUAUUCCAUCAGAGAUAGGUAAUCUUCAAAGUUUGGAAGUAAUGAACUUAAUUGAUAGCUCUCUAACUGGGUUCAUCCCAUCUUCAAUCUUCAAUAUUUCUUCUCUGAGAAUAAUUAAUUUCUCAAACAAUAGCCUGUCUGGAAGUUUGCCUGUACAUAUGUGUAACCAUCUCCUUAAACUUGGUGGACUUUAUCUUUCUCGGAAUCAGCUGAAUAGGCAAAUUCCAUCUAAUUUAUACAAAUGCAAGGAGCUCCAAGGUUUAUCAUUGUCAAUCAGUAGCUUUAAUGGCUGUAUACCUAGAGAAAUUGGCAACUUGACUAACCUCAAGGAAUUAUAUCUUGAUGAAAACAACUUGGAAGAUAUCUCUACUGCUAAGACAGUUGAUGAGGUGCUUAAAAGGUUUCAUAUGGUAUCUGAGCUUGAAGUGAACAAAGAUAAGAGUUCCAUCAUAUUUUCUAAGGCUAUUACACAGCCUAAGGGUUUUAAGUUCAAGUUGUUGAAAGGGUUCUUUGUUGCGUUUGUUUGGAAGAUCUGGCUGUCCAAGGCAGAUUUGUCACCUCUAGCAUGGAGAAAGUUUUCGUAUCAAGAACUUUUACGAGCAACAGAAGCAUUAAGUGAAACCAACCUUGUUGGCAAGGGAAGUUAUGGUUCAUUAUAUAAAGGAAUGCUUUCUGAUGGGAUGACUAUUGCAGUAAAGGUUUUCAAUUUGCAGUUAGAAGGAGCUUUUAAGAGUUUUGAUGUCGAGUGCGAAGUGUUGCGCAACAUUCGGCAUCGCAAUCUAAUUAAAAUCAUGAGCAGUUGCUGCAACAUGGAUUUCAAAGCAUUGGUACUAGAGUACAUGCCUAAUGGGAUCCUCGAGAAUUGGUUGUAUUCUCACAACUAUUAUUUGGACAUCCUACAAAGAUUAAACAUAAUGAUAGAUGUUGCAUCAGCAUUGAAACAUUUACAUCAUGUUCAUACAACACCUAUUAUUCACUGUGAUUUAAAACCAAGUAAUGUCCUUCUUGAUGAAAACAUGAUUGCAAAUGUUGCUGAUUUUGGGAUUGCAAAACUCUUAGGUGACGGGGAUCUUAUGGUUCAAACCAUGACUUUGGCAACCAUCGGGUAUAUGGCACCAGAAUAUGGAAUUGAAGGAAGAGUAUUAACAAGAUACGAUGCCUAUAGUUUUGGUGUCUUGUUGAUGGAAACGUUUACAAGGAAGAAGCCAACUGAUGAAAUGUUUGCAGGAGAGCUGAGCUUGAAGCGUUGGGUGAACAAAGCGUUAGAGGGUUCCGUAAUUGAAAUUGUUGACACCAAUCUGAUAGGAAGAGAUGACGAAAAUUUCUUUGUUAAGGUGGAAUGUGUAUCGUUUAUCUUUGGUUUGGUGAUGGAUUGUUCAAAUGAUUCAGCUGAAGGAAGGAUCAAUAUGAUUGAUGCUUUGGCUAGACUCAAGAAAAUCAAAACCUCUUUUGUAGCAAAUAUUGGUAGCGGCUUGAAAGAUGGAAGCAAUCAAGAUUAA